AUGGCUUCUGAAGGCGGUACUCUUUUUCAAUGUUUGAAUGAUAUUCAACGAGCUGAUCAGACGGAGGAUUAUGAUGUUGCGCUGAAGGCCGCUAACCGAAUGAUAAGGAAGUAUCCAAAUGAGGUUGUGGCCAACAAAUGUAAGGUCAUUGCUUUGAUUCGACUCCAGCAGUUUGAUGACGCAUUGGCUUUGAUCAAGAAGACACCGGAACAAACUAUGGGAGAAAUUUCGUUCGAAAAGGCUUAUGCUCUUUAUCGUCUAAACGACAACAAUGGUGCCCUGGAGGCUCUGAACGGUUGCAAGGAAAAGUCGUCGCGCAUCAAGGAUUUGAAGGCGCAGAUACUUUAUCGCUUGGAGAAAUUCCAGGAGGCCUUUGAAAUCUAUCAAGAGCUGAUGCGUGAUCAUUCCGACCAAAACGACGAAGAGCGUCGGGCGAAUCUGCUGGCUGUUCAGGCUCAAUUGGAGGCGCUCGGGAAGAAGCAGACUGUCUCCGUGAAGGGCCUCGAGACCUACGAGCAAUUCUACAACGCUGCCUGCCAAGAAAUCGAGUGCGAGGCUUUCGAUGCCGCUUUGAAGCAUCUCGACAAGGCUUACGAGGUGGGACGUGCAACGUUGUUGGAGCAAGGCUCGGAAGAGGAGGAAAUUGAAGACGAGUUGGCCAACAUUCUCGUCAAUAAGGCGUUCGUGCUCCAGAAGCUUGGAAAUGCCACCGAGGCGUUGGCGUUGUACAAAAAAGUGCAGGACAUGUCCCCAUCCGACAUCUCCGUGAAGGCCACGCUGUUGAACAACAUCCCGAGCGCGUCGCAGGAUCGCAAUCUGCCCGAGUGGCGUAAGAAGCUGAAAGCCGCGCUUGCGCUCGACCAGAACAAGUUGACGAACCGCCAGCGUCGCACGCUUCACAUCAAUCAGGCUCUCGUACUCCUCUCCUCCAACCAACGUGAGCCAUGCCGCCGUGCCCUCACCGAGAUCCACGAGAAAUUCGGCCCAAUCCCCGAUGCGAAGCUGGUAGAAGCGGCUCUCCUCAUGAAAAACGACGUCGAAGGAGCGCUCAAGGCCCUCGACGUCAAUGACCCCUCCCAAGAGCUCGUCCGUGUCCAAAUCCUGGUGUCUGCCGGAAAAUUCGCCGAAGCCGCCACCGCCCUGGGGAAGCUGCCAGCCAGCCUGCGAAACCGCCCAUCCGUGGCCAGUCUGAACGUGGCCCUGCUCUUCACAUCCGGCAAAAUCGAUGAGGCUUUGAAGAUUUUGGAGGAAUCAGCGAGUCGCGAUCCGAAGCACAGCCGGGUGAUGCUGGAAAAGGCGGCCGAGAUGCAGAUCGCUCGCGGUUCGCAUAAGGAGGCGAUCAAGCAUUUGGAGAAGUUGAGCAACCUCUACCCCGAUGAAGUGUCAAUCCAAUCAAAACUCAUCCGCGCCUACACCCACGUUGACCCGAAGAAGGCCGAGCAACUUACGCAAAGGUUGUUCCCGGAAAGCGGACCAUCUGGGUUGAAUGUGGCCGAGCUGGAGGAGAGCGACUGGAUCCUAUAUGGAGAAAAGUACAAGCAGCGGAAGGAGAAUAAGGAGAUCCAUGACUCGGAAAUUGUCACUGGCAAGAUGCGGAACCGCAAGCGCAAGAGGAAAGUGAUUCUGCCCAAAAAUUACGACCCGAGCGUGGCCCCAGACCCGGAGAGGUGGUUACCAAAGCAAGAGCGCUCGACGUGGAAGGCCAAGAAGGGCAAGAAGUACCGCGAUCGCGACAUUGGCCGAGGCACCCAAGGCUCUACUGCAAACGCUAAUUAUGAAGCCACUAAAGUCGACAGCCCGCGCAGCCCGCUGCAAGUUCCCGUCGAAGGACCACGCCAGCAGAAGCCCGCCGGCGCCAAGACGGUCGCCAAAAAGAAGAAGAAGGGUGGCGCCGGAAAGUGG